AUGGACCUAGACAAAGACGACAAAGAUUUGUCCAAGAUUGAUGUGGAAGUACAGAGCUUUCACGAUAAUGCCAAGCACCAGAAUUGGUACCAUCCACGUUCCUGGCUCCGCUCGUCCCUUUUUGAAUGGUCCAGUAUAGAACCUAUUCCUCCUGAGAAGCAGAAUCAUGCUCACUGGUGGACAGUGCCUCUGUUGUGGAUCGGGGCAAAUAUGAAUGUGCUUACAUUUUCUACCGGCAUGCUCGCCAAGGACUUUGAUAUCACGAUCAAGGACAGCAUGUAUACAAUUGUGGCGUUCUCACUUGUAACGGCACUUGUACCGGCUUACUUUACCACCUUUGGGAUGAAUCUAGGGUUGCGUCAGAUUGUGCACUCACGCUAUUCGUUUGGCUACUUUGGAGCAUGUCUGCCUGGUCUCCUUGUUGCUGCGACACAGGUCAUGUACAAUAUUGAGAACGUCAUUUUAGGCGGGCAGACGCUCAAGGCUGUCUCGACGCCUGAUUCCAUGUCCUCAAUUGUUGGUAUUGUAAUUCUUUCUAUCAUUGCGUUUGUCGUGUGCUUUUUUGGUGGCCGCGUCAUGCACUACUUCGAGUCCAUCUUCUGGCUGCCUGCACUAAUCUGCUUCAUCCUGCUUGCUGCCUUUGCUGGAGCGGGUGAAAAGGGACUGCACCAGCCAGCAGGAGCUCCUGAGACGACUGCGCGCGGCGUACUCGGUCUAGGAUGUGUUGUGGCAGGCUAUUUCUUGUCAUGGUCGACCAUCGCCUCUGAUGUGAGCCUAUAUGUGAAACGGAACAGUAGCACCACGCGAAUGUUUCUCGCCGUGUAUAUGGCAUUCGUGCUGUCGGUCGCACCGCCAUUCAUGUUUGGUGCUGCUUUUGCCAUUUCAGCACCUGAUGUUCCUGCGUGGAAGGGAGCUAGUGAGGCAACAUCACCAGGUCCUCUCUUUGAUGUGAUCCUGGCUGGACAUGUGGGCCACUUUGGCAAGUUCCUGACCGUGAUGCUCGCCCUUUCUGCUGUGGGCAAUAUUAUUCCUGGCACCUACGCUUUUGGCAUUGCUGUGCAAACAUUCCUUCCUCCUCUACGUGUCCUUCCUCGAUUUGUCAUGACCAGCAUUUGUGUGGCUAUAUUUCUCCCACUGGGCAUUGCGGGCCGUAACCAGUUCUAUGAUACGCUCUCCAACUUUGUCAGUAUUCUUGCCUACUGGUGCAGUCUUUUCGCCGGAGUCGUCCUGGCUGAUCACUUCGUUCUCCGCCGAAGGAACUUUUCUUCCUACGAUCUGAUGAUCUGGGACGACUGGCGGCGCCUUCCGCCGGGGAUCGCCGCUCUCGUCAGUGCCCUACUGCCCGUUGCACUUAUUGGCCCCACAAUGGAUCAGGUCUGGUACACUGGUCCUAUAGCACAGCACUCUGGAGACCUAGGGUUCGAAGUGGGAUUCGCCCUGAGCUUUCUACUGUACCUACGCCAAGUGGAGGGGUACUACGUAGCUAUCAUGUGGAUUGCCAACGCUAAGCUCCGAGGACAGGAAGGGACUUGGGAUAUCUAUAUUGAAGAGGGACUCUUCAAAGAAAUCAAGCCAAGUGCGAGAGACCGCGUAGGUGACUAUGAUGCGUGUGGUCGACUGCUCUGCUCGCCUUUCGUGGAGGGGCAUAUUCAUCUGGACUAUGCUCAUACGGCGCGUAAGCCGCGUCCAAAUGUCUCCGGCACCCUGUUCGAGGCCAUUGAAAUCUGGGCAGAAAGGAAGCAUGCAGGUUUGAACCACCCUGAUGAGAUCCGUCGUAAUGCGCUGGGCGCGAUUCGCGCAGCUAUCUCGCAUGGUGUGGGCUUUAUUCGCUCACAUGUCGACGUCACGGAUCCGGAACUCGUGGCGCUCAAAACGAUGCUGCGCGUGAGGGAGGAGGUCAAGCCGUGGUGUACCUUACAGCUGGUAGCAUUCCCUCAAAAUGGAAUCGAGGCCUUCCCGCGUGGUCGGGAAUUGAUGGAUGAGGCGAUGCGGCUCGGUGCUGACGUCGUUGGCGGUAUACCGCACCUCGAGCAUACGCGCGAAGACGGCGUAGCAUCUGUUCGCUACGUGUUCGACCUAGCCGAAAAGUACAGCGCGCUCAUUGAUAUCCAUUGCGACGAGAUCGACGACGACCAGUCGCGCUACCUCGAGGUCAUGGCCGCUGAAACGCUCCGGCGCCGCAUGCAGGGCCGUGUCACAGUGAGUCAUGCAGUGGCUAUGGCCUAUUACCAGCCGGGAUACAUGGCCAAGCUCCUUCCAAAGCUGCGCGCGGCUGGCCUAGGCUUUGUCAUUAACCCGAAUGAGAAUCUCCAGCUACAGGGUCGCGGACUCAAUGCGCCUCAGCCACGCGGCGUCGCUCCGGUGCGGACAUUGGCCGAGUGCGGCCUCCCUGUCGGAUUUGGCCAGGACUCGAUCGAGGAUCCCUGGUACCCACUCGGUGACGGCAACCCCAUCCGCAAUCUAGACACAGGCUUACAUGUUGCUCAAAUGCUCACGGAAGAGUACCUGAACCGGUGCCUCGACUUCGUCACGAUCGAGCCUGCUCGCAAUCUCGGCCUGGCGGAGAAGUACGGGGUCCAGGUUGGAAGGCCAGCACAUUGCAUUGUGCUGGAUGCUACGAGCGAUCGCGAAGUUGUACAGCGGCAUCCCCCCGUACUUCUUAGCCUUCAUGGCGGCAAAAAGAUCUUCGAGAGGCAACCGGCCGUCACGAGCUGGGCCAUUGACGUAGAGGGCCGUCUGCCGGGUCUGUAG